AUGAAUAAUUAUUUCAAUUUAUCAUCAGCAUUUAAUAACAAUAAUAAUAAUCAACCCAUGUAUGAUACAGAUUAUAAUCGUGGAAAUUUUCGUUUAAUAGCAAAAGAUUCAACACGUAUGAAUCCUUAUUCGAAUUUGAAUAUGAUGCAAACAGAAACACCUCAUCAUCAACAAUUUCAUCUUGAACCAUAUUCAACAACUAAUGAUUAUCUUUUAUCAACUUCGAGUGUUACACCCCCAUGGAAGCAAACCGAGCCCAUGUCAUCAUCCGUUAACAAUAUGAUAUCAUCAUCAUCAUUUCCUAUGUCAGUUACAAAUCCAAUGCUUUAUUAUGCACAUUCAUGGAUGAGACCAGAACUCAACUUUGAACAUAAGCGUACUCGUCAAACUUACACGCGUCAUCAAACACUUGAAUUAGAAAAAGAAUUUCAUUAUACAAAAUACAUACCACGUCGACGAAGACUUGAAAUAGCUUAUGAUCUUGGAUUAACCGAACGACAGAUUAAAAUUUGGUUUCAAAAUCGUCGAAUGAAAUGGAAAAAAGAAAAUAAUUUUAAAUCACUUAAUGAUCCUCAAGUUAAACUUGAAGCGAAUGCAACAAGUCAUACUGCUAAUCAGCAUUCAUAUCCCAUGUCAACAAAUGAUACAUCGUGGUCAUCGAUUUCAAAUGCGAAAAAAGAAAAUAAUCAUUCAUUCAAUAGCAAUGAAAAUAAUCAAUAA